GUUUUCGCCGAUUCGAAAAAAAGAAAGUAGUCGCCUGGUCCUUCCGCUGCCUGCCAACAAAUGGAGCUGUCUUCCUCCGCUCAGAUUCUGAGACCUAAGCUCGGCUUUACAGUUUCUCUUCCUCGGAGAUCAUCGAUCGUUUCUUCUUCUUCUUCGCGUCCCCGAUACUUGCGGAUGGAAACUCAAUCUCAGCCUCGUCAAUCAAUCUCCUGCGCUUCUUCACCCAGCAACAACGUUUCUCCUGCGACUUCUAACGAAUCAGAUAGAGUUGGAGAAGUGAAGAGAGUAACAAAGGAGACGAAUGUGUCAGUGAAGAUCAACUUGGACGGCACUGGACUUGCUGAUUCUUCCACUGGAAUCCCUUUCCUUGACCAUAUGCUCGACCAACUUGCUUCACAUGGGUUGUUUGAUGUUCACGUGAGAGCUACUGGUGACGUUCACAUCGAUGACCAUCACACUAACGAAGAUAUUGCUCUUGCCAUUGGAACCGCUCUUUUAAAGGCACUUGGUGAGCGUAAAGGGAUUAAUCGGUUUGGUGACUUCACAGCUCCUCUAGAUGAAGCCCUUAUUCAUGUUUCCCUCGACUUGUCUGGUAGACCAUAUCUUGGUUACAACUUGGAGAUUCCGACACAGAGAGUUGGGAACUAUGACACUCAGUUGGUGGAGCACUUCUUCCAGUCGCUGGUUAAUACUUCCGGUAUGACACUUCACAUCCGUCAGCUUGCUGGUAGAAACUCGCAUCACAUAAUAGAGGCGACAUUUAAGGCCUUUGCCAGGGCUCUAAGACAAGCAACGGAGAAUGAUCCUCGCCGUGGUGGCACCAUACCAAGGAUGAAGAAUGUAUAUAUCGUUUGAGGUGUUAUUGCUUUUUGGGAGUUUGCAGUUCAAAAGGAGUCUUGUCACGGUCCUGAGGGCUGAGAGCUGAGCAAUCACAAGAAAAAGCUCCCAGAUUCACUCUUUAGAAGAUUGCUGGGCUCAUCUUUAUGAUUAAUAUAUGUUGUUGAAAGAGUGUUUUGUAUGACUUCAUUUUUGGAGAAGUCCUUUAUCAAACUCAGAAACUUGCUGAAAGACUUGCUAGUUUUCUAGAAAGGUUAAAUGUCUUAAAACGACUCCGUUUUAAAGCCUUGUCGGUAAUUAACGGUAAUAAUGGCAACAGUUACUGUUAAUCCAGAGAAUGUUGUUUCCA